AGGAACUAUGUGGUUACCCACCACUGGCCGCAGUGGCACACCGUGACUUGUUUAUGACGCACGCCGUAUUGUCUUCAAGAACAAUUGCACCUGGAGGUUGUUUCAGUGCAUCCAAGAUGUGCUCGGGUUCAAAUGCGAAGGUUGUCUCACCGAGAGACUCGUAUGUGGGCUCCGCUCCAGUCCGAGCAUACUUUUCAAAUGGACUUUGGCGGCUGCCUCUCGAACUAUGGUGUAUCAUCAUUGAGCACCUGGAAGGAUGCGACGAGGCUCUGAAGGCUUGCAGUUCGACGUGCGGUGCAUGGCGGCGACCUGCGCGGCAGGUCUUCUUUCGCACUAUGCAUGUCCCUCAGUGGCCUCCAAAACGCCCUGCAGAGAUCCCGCCGAGGCUAAGGACCCUGCUCGCCGAACAGCCGGAGAUCGCUAAGCUAGUUCGGACGAUGCGUGUCGAUCUGGCGUUCCAGGAGUUACCCUGGUUGUCGGCCUUCACGAACCUGAGGUUCCUCGACUUGUAUCUGGACGGAAUUCAUGGACGAGUUCCCUCGGAAUCCGCACUGGACGGCUUGCACCUACCGCAUCUCACGACUCUCGCGGUGUUUUUGGAUGUGUCUCCGUCGCUGUCAUCGUGCGAACGGCUUAUGGCUUGCUGUCCUCACCUCACAGACUUGAUGAUGCAGGGUGCACCCUACGGCCGGAUAGAGGAGUUCGCACACAUCCAGGUAGAGGAGCAGCCGAUCGCGACGCCACUUUCGCUGCCACGUCUCCGAAAGGUCUCCUUCACUGCCCCAGGCUUCGAGCGAAGCUUCACGAAGAUCUUGCGUCUAGCAGGCGACAGCCUGACAUGCGCUCACCUGGCCACCCCCCUGACGCCGACACUUGACCUUCUCCGGGACAUGCUGGACUUCUCGCACAAUACGCACCUGGAGGAUUUGGAGAUCGAAAUGGACGCUCCAAUCCUUGAGGAUGGAUGGGGUGACUACCCGGCCGCACUGCUCUCACGCAUCAACACGUCGCAUUCUUCCCUGACGCGUCUGUAUCUUUCCAUCCCCCGCUUCUGCUUAGGCUUAGUUUCAUCGACUGGGCGCUGGGCCGAAGUAGGCCAGUGUCUCGGCCGAGAACUCUCUCGCGUCCUGGACAGCAUGCCCCACGUCACCGUGGUGAUUCUCUGGUUAAAAUUCCCUAUCUACGUGGGGCAAGAGCAUUCGACAGUGGCGGAUUGCCUUUUGCGCCAGUUCCCGGGCCUCAGUGCACAUUCGGAUCGUGUUUGUUUGCACGAUCCGGUACACUCAGCUGCAGACGAUCCGGAUAACCACCCAUUGGCUCAUAAGACAGGGCUGUGACCGGGCUUCGGAGUAGCCAUACGAGGCAGGUAUCGCACUCAAACAGGCAGCUGAGCGGCUAUUGCUCUUACACUCGUAAACCUAAGUAUAGGAAACUUCAUGUUUACGAUGGCUGCAAAUCUGCUCGCACAGUUUUGUCCGCAUUACAAUUCUGCAGAUUACUAUGCGAAAGAAUAUUUUUAAAACGACUGAUUGAAGCCUCCAUUAGCUUAGCGCGCUAAUGU